GAAAUCACAGUUGACCUAUUUCGAGAAGUCAAGUAGAAGGAGUGCGGUAGUCCAUUUACAGAACCGACCGAGUAGUGUCAUGUUUAAAAAGUUGACAAGUUAAGAAAUUAAAAGUAACCACAAUGAUACCUUUUGAAAAUAUGGAUUUACUUAUCAACAUCGUGCUGAUUGUAUCAUGUUUAAGUUCAAUAUGCUGUAAUGAAAAUAAGAUCCACCUGUGUCCAGAGAGAGUAAAAAAUAGAAGUUUUCUGAAAACGUUCAAAGACACUUGCUACAUGUUUGUGAAUAGUGAAAAAUAUUGGGAUGAGGCUAGAUCAUACUGUUGGCGUGAGGGUGGUGAAAUGUUGGUAGUGCGUGAUGCAGAAACAAUGGACUUUAUCAAAAGAACAUUAAACUCCAGAGAACUUAAUUGGAAUAAAAAUGGUGUUUGGAAUGGUGCCAGUGAUCUAAGAAAAAAAGGGUGGGAGUGGACAACAGGUGAACCACUCAGUAAAGGUUACACAUAUUGGGCAGAGGGAGAACCUAGCAAAACCUUUGGCUUCCUUUCUUUUGAAAACUGUGCUUGCAUGAGGCGCAGUGAAGACUGGAGAUGGCAUGACUAUCAUUGCCAUAUGGACCUUACAGUGUAUAAUUUCAUUUGCCAGUUUCCUCUGGUGGAUGAGAACCACACCGGUCCACUGGUCCACAACACAGGAGCCCCUCUUAAAACAGAGAACAAGAGCUCAGGUCCAAUGAUCGGCCUCUUGAUUGCUGCUGGAGUACUACUUCUGCUGAUGUCAUGUAUUGUUUUCAUCCUUCGCACUAAAUAUGCACGUCAGAAGGAGCUGUACAAGAGGGUGAAAGAGCGUGGUGCCCAGCCCCAGCGAGGGUUUGCAGCCAUCAUUCAGAGGCAGGAGGGGCUGGGGAGUCCCAGCAGAGCCAGGGGAGACUCUUUACCCCUGGUGAGCAGGAAUGGGGCGCCCCCUACCCGCCCCGUCAGCAACAUAUACCUGGAGCCCUCAGAAAUCAAUGGAGUGAAUAGUCCACCGCCUGCGUACGAGACAGUGCGAAAGCCUGAUAAUGUUAGCAUGGGUAGAAAUAAUGAUAUGUCUGACAUACAGUCUACAUCUCCCUCACAAAGGCAGAGAAAUGCGCCUGUUUCUGUCUUAUCUACAGAGAAUGAGACUGUACACAUGUCCUAUGUCGGUGGUGCUGCUUCAGCAGACUGUUUGGCUGCAUCGAGUGAUGAGACAGGAGCAACUGCUGGAAUUGUGUCGAAAUCAGGGCCUGCUGUGGCAUGCAGGAAUGUCAGUAAUGAUGAAUACGUGGAAAUGAGCUCGACACUCAGCACAGACAGUGGCAUUUCAAGCCUGGCAAACCAUGGGAGGGGAAGCGAGGAAAAUCUGAAAGGGGGAGGGGCAACUGCGUGUGUUAGGUCUACCAACAUCUACUCAUCGCCAAUGACUUUGAGCGACUAUGUGAAGAAUGGCAGAAGUGUCCGACAGGGUGAGCCAAAGUGUGGCAAAGCUGUUGGAGACAGUGACAAUUCUGAGAUCCAUAUUUAUACAAACAGUCUAGAGGAACUGGACCUAAUACAGAAAAGACCAUUGCCAGCUGUACCAAAUGAUAAAGCUUAAAAAAGGUUUUGUGCAUAGUUUACUUCUGCAGACUUAAGAUAUUUUGUUAUUAUUUUUGUUGUUCAUUAGGGAUUACCCUUUGAAUUCUGUUGUGAUAAACAUUUAGAUUGUAUUGUUUUAGGUGUCUGAUUAGGGGCAUUGAUGUAGAUAUUUAGCCAGACUAAAAAAUAGAGGGGCCGGGGGCUGAAAAUGUGCAAGGGCAACCUUAGUGAAAAA